GGUCCCAGAGGUCCAUUUCACUGUAAGCAGCGUGACCGCUCUUUCCCACCCGUUAAGGUGAUAGCAACGUGUUAGCCAUGGCUUCUGAAGAACCUAAAGCAAAGAAACAAAAACUUUCAGAGGAGGAGAAGACAGAGUCUCCGACCAAAAAGACCCCUGCCAAUUUAAGCCCUAAUACACUCUUUGGGAUGGGAAACCCCUUACUGGACAUCUGUGCUGUGGUGGACAAAGACUUCUUGGACAAGUACACCCUGAAACCCAAUGACCAGAUCCUGGCUGAGGACAAACACAAAGCACUAUUUGAGGAGCUAGUGAAGAAGUUCAAUGUUGAGUACCACGCUGGAGGAGCCACACAGAACUCUGUUAAGAUUGCUCAGUGGAUGAUCCAAGAACCCCAUAAUGUGGGCACGUUCUUCGGCUGCAUCGGCAGAGACAAGUUCGGAGAGAUCCUAAAGAAGAAGGCUGAGGAGGCGCACAUCGAUGCUCACUACUACGAACAAGAUGAGGAGCCCACAGGGACAUGUGCUGCUUGUAUCACCGGAGAUAACAGGCCUGGAAAUUGUUUGGAAUUAACAGAAAGGUCUCUGGUGGCUAACCUAGCUGCUGCUAACUGUUAUAAGAAAGAGAAGCAUCUAGACCUUGAAGAAAACUGGAAGCUGGUGGAAAAAGCUAAAGUCUACUAUAUUGCUGGUUUCUUCCUGACCGUCUCUUUGGAGUCCAUGCUGAAAGUGGCGAAGCACGCGUCUGAAAAUAACAAGCUGUUUUGCCUGAACCUCUCCGCGCCCUUCAUCUGCCAGUUCUUCAAGGAUAAUCUCAUGCAGGUUUUGCCCUACGUCGAUAUGCUGUUCGGCAAUGAGACAGAGGCAGCUGCAUUUGCUAAAGCGCUAGACUUUGAGACCAAGGACUUAAAGGAAAUUGCCAAGAAAACCCAGGCUUUGCCCAAAGUCAACACAAAGAGACAGAGGGUUGUCGUGUUGACCCACGGAAAGGAUGACACCGUUAUGGCCCUAGGUGACAAGAUCAAGACAUUCCCUGUACUGAAGAUUGACCCCAAGGAUAUUGUCGACACAAACGGUGCGGGCGAUGCCUUUGUAGGAGGUUUCCUAUCUGAGCUGGUCCAAGAGAGACCUCUGGAACAGUGCGUGAAGGCAGCACACUACGCCGCCAACGUCAUCAUCAGACGAGCCGGUUGCACCUUCCCAGAGAAACCUGACUUCAAGCCAUAACUUGAAGUCAGGCAUAAUUUCAAUAAUUUCAGCCAUAGACCUCAUGUUCACCCUGCCAGACACAACUUUGACCCAUAAUUUCCUCUAGUGUUUUUUUUUUUUUUUUUUUUUUAAACAAAUCAUACCCUUUAUUCUCUUAGCUGCCUUUUUUUUUCUUUCUUUUUUUUUUAAAUCAGCCAACCGUCCGUGUUGUUUUUUAAUUCAUGCACACAUAAUUUCCUUCCAAUAGCUAGUUUGGUACCUCCUGAGGUGUGCCUGCCUUUGUCUUCCACUUGAGGCCGCCAAAGGAUCAUGCAGACAAGAGAGAUACGUUUAUAUUUCAUAACAUCACGGGAUGUGAGCAUUUUGCUUUACACAAAGGAUCUAAAUGGGAAAUCUUGUUUUCAUGGACACUAAAGCCAACAUCUGGCGGCACUGAUGCCCAUCAGACUCUGCAAACUACAAACCCAUGUGUUGACAUUUCACAAGUGUAUUUCUUCCCCACGGAGGCAGAAUUGAAGCACAAGAAGUUAAUUCCGCAACAGGAGGACACAUUAUACACAGAGGACUGAUGAAAAGAAUGUUGCUGACAGUGGAGGUUUGGAUACUGCAUAGAAAUAUGUAGUAGUGGUUUGUUUUAAGACUUUUUUAGAGAUUAAUUAUUCCUGAUUAUGAGGUUAUACUUGUUUAAUUUAACAGGCCAGUUAUGAAACCAAAUGUUUUUCUUUUACGCACACUCUUUUUAAAUGUGAAAAAGCCUCUGCCCAGUAAGUUCGUGAUGACUGUGGGAUGUCAGCUUCACUGUGUCAGUGCUAUCAAGACGUUAAUGCCAACAUCACUAUUGUGCACGUGUGUCUUUCCUCAUGCUGUUUUUUGGGCUGGUGCUUCUAUUGAGUGCCUUUUGUUCCUUCCCGUCUUUGUAAAUAUUACAAAGUUUGCAGAAGCCUACAGGUGUUAAUGUGAACCUGCAGUCGUCUGUGCAGGGAAACUUGCAAGCUAGACCAGUGAUGGGCAACUGGUGGCUUGCGGGGGUGGACGCACAUCUUGCAUGCAAAUGCAUGUGAGGUGAAAAGAUAACACAUUUGACUGUUCAGUGGGUAUUAAAACUGCCCUUACUCCUGCUGUUUGUUUUUCACCUGCAUCAGUAGCUCCUGUUCUUUGUCAGUUUAUGUUGACCUCUUGCAAUAUAGUAUGUAUAGUAUGAAGCCCAAGUCUGUGUCAUGUGGUGUGAACAACACUGAAUACUUGAAUGCCAUUAUACUGAAUAUAGAUGUACUCAAGCAAGAUGUACAUUUUCUGAAUACUACCAAGAGUUGUUGUGACACUUGCAUACCUGAUAGUAUUGUCCCUCCAUUAAAUAGGUGGUUUCUUUUUACAUGCUUAGAUACACCAAAAAGCCUUAUUUGAUAAUUUAUUCCUGGUCUCACUCACGGUCAAGUUGCCCAUCUCUGAGCUAGACUGUGAGGCCUAAAAUUCACAAAUAAAACCUACAACCACAA